AUGGACUUACCGACCAUAACUAGCUCUAACCCAAAGAAAAUACAUUAUUUCAGUGAUAGACUAACUCACGCCGUUCAUGCCCUUGAAACCUUGAAGAAAUUAGAAACUGUCAACGGAUAUGUCCCAAUGACCUUGAACAAACUCUCGGGUAUCCGUGGUGACUUGGUUCGUACCGAUCCAGACUGGGAAUCCUGGGACUUCGCAAAAUUAUCAGAGGCUGUACGUAUAUAUGGUUAUGGACACGACGAAAUCCGUGUAGCGACUAUAAAGAGGAUGAUCUGCAACUGGGAAGAAGAGAUAUGA